AUGACGAUGAAUGACAUUGAUAUUAAAUCCGAAACACGAGAAGAAUCCUCAUCAUCAACGUCGAAAUCAAGUCGAAAACCGUACAAAGAAUUACUCACCGAGGAAGAGAAACGUGCUAAUCAUAUUGCAUCCGAGCAAAAAAGACGAAAUACAAUCAGAGCAGGAUUCAAAGAACUCACCGAUAUCAUACCGACACUCAAGAACGUUAAUAAUUCAAAGAGUACGAUAUUAUUCAAGGCAGUUGAUUAUAUAAAGUAUUUGGAGAGACGGAAUCGUAAUCUGAAAGAACGUACUAAUUUGUUGGAAAUGCGAGUUGAAAUGGAAAUGAGAUCUGGUCGAAGAAUUCAUCAUCCUAGUGCUUAUGGAUAUGGGCAUUCAAGAAUACCAUCAAUUCCAUUUGGUCAUGUGAGUCCUACUUAUGGUAUAAUGAAUCCUACUUUAAUCACUGGACAUCCCGUACAACAUGUUAUGGGACCAUCAACUUCGUCGACACCACCUCAAUACUUUGAACUUCAUCAACCAAUGACCACUGAUGCAAAAAUAGCA